UCAGACCGUCUUACCAAUGUGAACUCAUGUUUGUGUACUAAGACCACAGUGAUCAACACCCUGAAAAAUCAAUUGACAAAUUUGAGGAAAAUGCAAUGCUAUGAAAGUUAAGCGAUCGUCUGUUAAAAACUGUAUUGUGGCAAAAGAAGAUCUCAACAUUAGAAAUCAAGAAUGGAACAUGCUAUAGAAAUAAUUCCAUGGUGCGAUUACCUAACGUGCAAUACAACUAGGGCUUGGUGUGAUCGCGACGGUAGACUAGAUUUAUCAAAAGAAACACCGGACAUAAAACACAGGAUAAAAUCAGAUAAAAAUGGAGCUGUAUUUAGAGUCUCCACAAAAUCUGAUUUAGAAGACAUCAGUAGUUUACUUCUUAGUAAAUACAUCAUCUUGAGGGUGACUCUCAUUCAUACACAAGUUGGCAGCAGAUACGCUAGUGACAGUGUGACCAUAUGGGAAGGUGACUAUGCAGUUAUUAUAAACACAAAGAAUUCCAAAGUGCAAAAUCAGUUUGAUAAAGUCUUCACUGAUGCCAGAAUUAACAUCGAUACUGGAUGGAACUACAGUGUAGAGAUUGAUCUAUCAGAUAUUGUGGAAGCAUGGUAUUUACAGCACAAUGAAGUUCUCUCGGGUUGUGAUGAUUUCCAAACAACAAAAACAAAAAACUGUAGAAUAACAUUGACAAAUUAUAAGCCAUAUAUGCAUUGUUUUGACUGUAGUCCAAGAUGGUGGUUGUUUUUAGGACCAUGUUGGUUACUAUCCGCCCCUUGGUAUUUUUUGCACAGAAAGCUUAGCUGUAAGGAUACUCGAUAUAGUUUGAUAGCUGACACGUCUCCAUACAGAGGUUACGGCCAUAUGUUGGGACAAAGUGAUUCGAGACAUAGUAUAAAUACACUGGUCAGUUACAAAUCAAGCGGAGACGUUACAACAUUAAUAACAGAUAAUUCAACCAGCUAUGGGACGUUGUAAUUCAGAUAAAAAGUUAGUGAGUAAUCUGAGAACAAGAAUACAACUAGUAUGAUUGGUUUGGAAUUGAAGUACAUAUCAAACUUUAAGAUAUUUGAUGAUCGUUUAAGGAUCGUCGGAAUAAAAUGAUAGACGAACUGGUACUUUAUUGCAUGUCAUUUAGAAAUCUGAAGUUAUAGUUAUAUAUCAUAUGAAAAUAAAGCUAUCAUUUAUCAAAG